UUGAUAAUAAAAAUGGAAACUGAAAGUGAAGGAUUAUCUCGCAUCUCUGAUGACGAGGAAAGCUGUCCGUCCUCUGUAGCAUUCACCGAAGCCUUAAUGGGUCAAAUCAAGGGAGCUGAUGUAGGAGCCAUGGUUGAACUACAACGAGACAUGCUAUCCAGAUAUGAGAAAACAAAUGAAAUGCUUAUCAACUUUAACAUGCUAUCCUCUUCACGGUUUGACGCCACAAGCCAGGCGUUCAGGGCACACACUCUAUUGCUGUAUGACAUGAAAAAAGACCUGGAUGUUGUCUUCAGACGGAUCCGAACUUUAAAACAGAGGCUGAGUAAGUUAUAUCCAGAUGCUUUUUCAGCCUGCAGUGAUGUAUAUAAUGUAUUGGAAGACGAAGAGGAAGAGUUUAAAGGGCAGAACAAUGAGGAAACAAAGGAGGAAAAAGAUGAAAAUGAUUCAGCAGAGGAUAAUGGAUGAAAAAUAACUGACAUAUAUAUUUAUAUAAGACAUUAGCUAUAGUUUUAAUACAGAAUGUUUGUUAAAACAAACAAAUCGUAAUUUAUUAUAAAACUCACUUUAACAUUAAUGCUCACAUAUCUCCAAGUAAUUGUGAAUUUUUUUUGACGGGUAUUUUUGUUUGUUAAAUACACCCAAAUGAUAUCAUUCCUAGCUAUUCAUCAUUUAGCUUUUCUGUUGUUGUAAGCGUCUAUCCGAGUAUUGAUUCAAAUUUAGAUAUUGUACAGUAUUAUCUUGUAAUAAGCCCAGGAGCAAAUACACAAACUUUGACACAAAGUGGGGGGGAUGGCUUAUUGCAGAACAAUAGAAAAGUUUUUUCACUGAAUUACAAUAGACAUGUAUAGACUUAUUACCAGGUAUUUUCUUAUUGCCAGAAAAAUAUAGAAUGUAACAUGCAGUGUGAAACAUUCAAGUGUUAUGCAUGUUUUUUUUAAUUUUUUUUUUUUUGAAA